CUUACUCCAUCACAUGCUGCAAUUAUCGAUCGAAGACAGGCUGCGCCGACUUCUGGUCCUCAAAAGGUCGGCCUGCCAGAUGGAUGGGUUUACUCCGGAUGUCUUCAGGACAAUAUAGCUUCAAAAGAAGAUCCCAAUACACAAUUACCGACUUUUCCAUAUAAAGUAUGGGAUACGCAAACAAAUGAGGCGGUUUCUUGUAUUACUCGGUGCCAACAAUUUGGGUUUAAUGCUGCUGGACUUGAAUACGGUUCCCAAUGCUUUUGCGGUGAUGUUGAAAAUAUCGAUAUUGCAUCUGCACCGAGUACUUCAACGAAUCCAAGUGAUACACAGUUCUACACCCGGAGCACCAUACCCGCCACCUACGACGAUUCGGAAUGCAAUUCCCAGUGCACCGGCAACACGAGUUACUAUUGUGGUUCUGGCAACCGACUUACCUAUUACAUUUUCACGACCUCUCCUGUGAAAUGGGACUUUCCGACCGGAGCAGCGGCUGGGCAAUAUUCAUUGCUUAUCGGGGGCGUAACUGUGCCACUCAUUACAUCGCAAGCUAUUACUGGCAAGGUAACCUUUAUCGAGAAAUCUGGAACAGGGAAUCCAAAUGGCACAGGAGCCUAUGAGCUUGAUUUGUCUCAAAUUGGCAACUUCAACAACGCAUGGAGGCAGAUGACAGGCUUGAAGACCGACGUAUUUUGUGCCGCAGGACUCACUCUACCUGAUAAAGCAGGGAGGCAAAUUACUAUUGGAGGCUGGGCUGGUGUUUCCAACUAUGGCAUUCGUCUCUACUGGCCUGACGGAUCGGAUGGGGUGAAGGGAACCAACGAAUGGACCGAAGAUCCAACUAACCUGCAAUUGCUGGUUCCGCGUUGGUAUCCGUCAGCUAUGAUAAUGGCCAACGGCUCGAUUCUUGUGGUAGGAGGAGAGAUUGGCCAAAAUGCUGAUGAGCAGCCAAACCUCGAGCUUCUGCCUAGAACAGGCGGCGGUCUCGUCGAUUUAGAUUUCUUGCAGCGCACAGCCCCCUUCAACCUAUACCCCUUCGUCUUGGUUGUUCCAUCGGGUAUUUUUAUUCUGUAUUAUAACGAAGCGAGGAUCUUAGACGAAAAUACCUUUGCGACGAUCAAGACGCUGCCGAAUCUUCCUGGAGCCGUCAACGACCCAACAGGUGGGCGAAGCUAUCAACUACAGGGGUCAAUGGUCGCCUUACCUCAAUAUGCGCCCUUCACUGACCCCUUAGGAGUUUUGGCAUGCGGAGGAUCGACGUCAGGGGGAGGAUUCUCAAUUGACAACUGCGUAUCUACGCAGCCAGAAGCUGAAAACCCUCAGUGGACGAUUGAGAGAAUGCCCUCCCGAAGAGUCAUGCCCUGCAUGGCUGGUCUUCCCGACGGUACCUACCUAAUAGCCAACGGUGGCCAACACGGUGUAGCAGGCUUCGGCCUAGGCGGCUCACCCAACUAUAACGCGAUUUUAUAUGACCCCACAAAACCAGUAAAUGAACGCAUGAGCGUUAUGGCCAACACCACCGUCGCACGUCUUUAUCAUUCCGAAGCUAUUAUUCUACUUGAUGGGCGAGUAAUGAUAUCCGGCUCGGACCCUACAGGCGAUUACAGCAACCCGCCAGGUAACUUCCCAGAGGAAUAUAGAGUAGAGGUCUUCACGCCUCCUUACCUACUUUCAGGCGCCGCUCGCCCGACCUUUAGUAUCACGAAUAAAGACUGGGCAUAUGGCACCGCUAUCUCAUUUACCAGUUCCGCAGCCAACACAAAGGUGUCGUUGCUAGGAUCGGUAUCUAGCACGCAUGGCAAUAGCAUGGGUCAGCGAACGCUAUUCCCCGCUGUUUCAUGUGCUGGGACAACAUGUACGGUUACAGUGCCACCGAAUGCCCAUGUGUGUCCACCGGGGUGGUAUAUGAUGUUUGUGCUUGAUGGGCCAACGCCUUCCGUGGGGCAGUAUGUGAGGAUUGGGGGUGAUCCUGCGGGGCUCGGGAAUUGGCCGAAUCUCGACGGCUUUGCUUUGCCUGGAGUUUAA